CCUCGGGGCUGGGUUGUCAGUCAGGGAACCGAGGGGGAAGAUGGCUUGCCGCGACCCGAUCUGCUAAGGAAGGAGGGGUGGGCAAGUGGUGCUACUACUCGGGAGAAGGCAGCGCCGCCGCCGUCGCCGUCGUCACGAGCCUGACAAACCGAGGCUCUGGAGGUAGAGUUGGGCGAGCCGCUGGGGUGAAAGGUUUAGAACAGAUGUGGAAAGAUGUUCACUUCAGAGAAAGGGGUUGUGGAGGAAUGGUUGUCAGAAUUUAAGACACUACCAGAAACAUGUUUACCAAAUUACGCCAAGAAUUUGAAAGACAAGAGUUCUUUAGUUUCUUCUCUCUAUAAAGUUAUCCAGGAGCCACAAAGUGAAUUGCUAGAGCCUGUCUGUCACCAGCUUUUUGAGUUCUAUCGCAGUGGGGAGGAACAGUUGCUUCGAUUUACACUGCAGUUUCUCCCAGAACUGAUUUGGUGCUACCUUGCAGUCUCAGCCAGCAAAAAUGUUCAUAGCAGUGGAUGUAUUGAAGCUCUUCUUCUAGGGGUUUACAAUUUGGAAAUAGUUGACAAAGAGGGACAUAGCAAAGUACUGAGUUUCACAAUUCCAUCUUUAUCCAAACCAUCAGUGUAUCAUGAACCUUCCAGCAUCGGGUCCAUGGCUCUGACUGAGAGUGCACUAUCCCAGCAUGGUUUGUCCAAAGUUGUGUACAGUGGACCUCACCCCCAGAGAGAGAUGCUGACCGCACAGAAUAGGUUUGAAGUGUUGACAUUCCUUUUGUUGUGUUACAAUGCUGCCUUAACCUAUAUGCCCAGUGUUUCUCUUCAGUCACUAUGCCAAAUUUGUUCAAGAAUCUGUGUUUGUGGGUAUCCUCGACAACAUGUAAGAAAAUACAAAGGUAUAAAUAGCAGGAUACCAGUUUCUUCCGGAUUCAUGGUGCAGAUGUUAACAGGGAUUUAUUUUGCCUUUUAUAAUGGAGAAUGGGAUCUUGCUCAAAAAGCAUUGGAUGAUGUAGUAUACAGAGCCCAGCUGGAUUUAUAUCCAGAGCCAUUACUGGUUGCUAAUGCAAUAAAGGCUUCAUUGCCUCAUGGUGCCAUGAAAUCUAGUAAGGAGGGUACAAAGUGUAUUCAAGUUGAAAUUACACCAACUUCCUCUAGAAUAUCAAGAAAUGCAGUAACCAGCAUGUCAAUAAGAGGUCAUAGGUGGAAAAGACAUGGAAAUACAGAAUUAACAGGUCAAGAAGAACUGAUGGAGAUAUCUGAAGUUGACGAGGGAUUUUAUUUGAGGGCUGCGUCUAGUACCAGCCAGUCGGGUUUAUCAAACAGUAGUCACAAUUCUAAUAACAAGACAAGUAUAGGAAAGACUCAGAGGCGGUCAGGAGGAAGCAAAACUGGAGGAAAAGAAAAAGAGACUGCAGGGGAGUUUUGCAAAGAUCAUUUUGCUCGAAAACAGACCCAGAGAGCCCAAAGUGAGAAUCUCGAGCUUCUCUCUUUGAAGAGACUUACCCUGACAACCAGCCAGUCCCUGCCUAAACCUAGUAGCCACAGUUUGGCUAAGACUGCCGCGACUGUGUUUAGCAAAUCCUUUGAACAAGUCAGUGGUGUCACUGUCCCACACAACCCAUCAUCUACCGUUGGCUGUGGGGUUGGGACAGAUGCCAAUAGGUUUUCCGCUUGUAGUCUCCAAGAAGAAAAACUUAUUUAUGUUUCAGAAAGGACUGAACUUCCAAUGAAACAUCCAUCAGGUCAGCAGAGACCUCCUAGUAUUAGCAUUACUCUGUCCACAGAUUAAUUUGUAAUUGAUUCUCUCCUAAUCAGAGCCUCUGGAAUUACAACUUUGCUUCUUUAUGAAAGUUCUCAGGGUCUUUGAUCCCUGUUUCUGACAGGAGCCCUGAUGUCUUAAUAGCUGAAGGCUUCCUGGACUUGAUGAAGGAAAUAAUGUCUAGGUUGUAGUUACGAUAUGGUUUUAUGAUUUCUUAAGUGUGUUUCUACCCUCUUACCCCCUUAAUUCAGUCAUUUUUUUCUUGUCGUUGUGUUACCCUAAAGAUUGUCAGUAUAAUAAUACAUUUUGAUGGAUUGUCUGAUCAGAUGGGUUAAAUAUCAUGUAAGGUUGUGACAUUUAAAAAAAGAAAGAAGAGAAAGAAGAGGGAAAAAAAGAAGACAGACAACCCAGAGCCCCAAAUACUGCUAUUUUGGUAGCUAUAUGUUGGUCUUCAGAGUAAAAAAGAGAAUCUCCAUGUAUGGGAACUGUUUUUUAAAUGAGGCAGAGGUACAACUCCAAGAAGUUUGCAGUUGGCGGUUUUUCAAGCCAGGCUGAAAAAUAGGCACCUGAAAAACUAAAAUGAUGUGUAUAGAAAGUGCCUGAUACAAGUAUUUAUCACCAGAUCAUCUUUAAGGUUAAAAGAGUUUUUAUAGAUGCUGGAAAGCUCCUGCUAACCCAGUACCUAGACUAAUCAUUGAUAUGAAAAAUCAGAUUAUGCAUAGGUAUGUUGCUUUGAACUGUUUGACCUGGAUUUGGCAAGUAAAAAUCCCUUUUAAUUCUUAAGAUGUAAUAGGCCAUAAAACUGACCUAUUUCUGCUGCUGGGCGUCAGAAAUCCUAGUUAGUUUGACUUUCCGUAAUUCAGACUACCCAUCAUUGAAGAGUUCCUGAAAAUCAUUGUAGAGCUUCGGCAGCUCUCAAGGCCCCAGUGUCAGCUAUAUAACGUUGAAUUAUAUGUCUGCAAAUGAAGGAAAUAAGGUAAACUUUUAUCUAGGUAAAAGUUAUGAU